CUUUCUCUGGCAUGCAUCGUGCUAGAACAUCACUGUUGCCUCCUCCGCUUAUCGCCAAGCUCGCCCCAGCCAGCCGCCACCUCAUCUCCCGCCCCGCCCCGCCCCGUUGCCAACAUUACUGUCGAUGCGCUCCACCCCUAUGCGCCGCCGCCGCCUAUCUGCCGUCCCCCGAAGCUGGAAAUUAAAUCAGGGCAGCAGCGCAAGGGGAUGGAUGGUAGGACAGGACCAACAACGGCGGCGGUGGAGACUUCAAUCUCCCAUCCCAUAUGCGCUUUCCUUUCUUCGAGAACCUACGCGCGAUUUGUCGCGAUAUCUCAUUCCUGCGCGCCUGGUAAUCGACGAUAGAAGGCAGCUACCAACGGAUCGAAGCGCCCACCACCACACCCAGGGCAAACCGCGCACCUUGAGAAACCAAACUCGCCGCGCAAGACCACCACAAUAACUAUGGCGACAGCAGACCCCUUCGCCAACCCCCCCUGGGAAGGCAACAACGCGCACCUCCCCACGCACCCAUCGCCCACAGCAUCGCAAUCCUUCCAAUCCUCUGCCGCGCUGUCCAUCAGCGCGGACGAGAAAGCCAUUGAGAGCGGUGCGCCCUAUGCCGCAGCGCCUACGUAUAUAGCCCCUGCGACUACAGCGCCACGGCCCGGGUUGAAGGAGAGGCUCGGUGGGAUUAUGUCGCCUAAUAGACAGUAUCUGGGACGCAGUCGACGGACGGUGUUGCUAGGUGCUCUGGGACUGCUGGCGUUGCUUGUUCUGGUGCUAGGGCUGGGGCUUGGUCUUGGAUUGAAGAAGGCGGAGGGAGAUUCCGCCGCCCUCCCACUUCCCGGAAACGCAACACCGCACAUGGGAGAUCUAACAUACUACUCCCCCGGCCCGGGGUUCGGGAGCUGCGGCCUUGAAAACUCCUCCUCCGACCCCAUCUGCGCCGUCUCGCACCUCCUCUACGACGCGGCCUCGAUAUCAGGGAAUCCGAAUGAGAAUCCGCUGUGUGGCAGGAAAUUGAGGGUGACGCACACGGAUGCUAGGGAUGGGAAGACGAGGAGCGUGGAUGUCAAGGUGGUGGAUCGCUGCACGGGGUGUAAGGCGACGGAUAUAGAUCUUAGCCCGGGGAUGUUCCUUAAGCUUGCGGCGGAGGAGGAGGGGAGGGUGGUGGGGACGUGGGCGUGGUUGGAUUGAUUGAUACCAAUAGUGUAGUGAAGGAAGGGAAGUGUCUGUCGCCUUUAGCGAGUAUAAUUGAAAAUCUAAUAUCCCCCCCCUUCUCUCUACAAUCCUCCUCCCUCCCUUUUCUUCAUUUCC